CAAAGCUCUCUGGAAGGUCAUUCAGAGCUGAGACUAUUUCAGAUGAUGGGCUCCUUUCCAAGCCGGACCCAGCUGCCUCUCGCCCUGAAAUAUUUGGAAGUUUGUUAUCAGGGUGGGACGGGACACACACACACCAUGGUUUAUAAUUGCCAUUAAAAAUAGCCAUUGACUCAACCACAGGCAGCUAACAGGGCAAGGAAGCUGUUGUGUAACUAGCAACCCAGAAGGAAACAGCAGAAGAAUGUCGUGAUCUAAAACGGUCCCAAGCAGCCGGAGAAGCUGGACCCUCAAAAGUCUCUUUCAGAAUGUCCUGGUAUUCACUAAACACAGAUGACUUGAGACGCCCCAGGCUGCAAAGAACAUCCAGUCGCUCCUUAAGCAGUCAGCACAGCUAUCAAACUCCAGAAUUGGGGGAGUUGCAACGCAUGUUAUGGACCCCAGUUCCUUGCCGGGGAAAUGUCAACGAAGUCUGGCCUAACCUUUAUAUUGGAGAUCUAGGGAAAGUUUUGGUCCACUGUGCCAUGGGGAUAAGCCGCUCAGCCACUCUGGUGCUGGCUUUCUUGAUGAUCUACGAAAACAAGAACCUCGUGGAGGCCUUAAAGACGGUGCGAGAACAUAGAGGGGUCUGCCCAAACACGGGUUUCCUCAGCCAACUUCGAGAGCUCGACCUCCGGUUGAUGAGUGAAAAAGGGAAAGCAAUGGGAAUCCCUUGAAACUUUAGAUAUAAAAUACUUGGACAUUGGGAAGUCCAAGAAGAACAAUUGAAUCACCUCAGAAAUACUUACAUACCUGUGAUGUUUACAGGCAAUGUCAUGAAAACUAUCUUGUUGGCAUCUUGUUCAAGAUUAAAGGUGUGCAGGAAACUUGGUAUCUGUUCCUACUGGUUCGGACCGGUUCAGCUGAGUAGGUAUUA